AUGGGUUCCGUGUCAACCGAUACGGCCCCGACUCUGUUCGACGCCAAUGUCGUCCCCCAGGCUCCUGAGGACCCUCUGUUUGGGUUGAUGGCGGCUUACCGAAGAGAUCCUUUUGACAAGAAGGUUGAUCUGGGCAUUGGCGCAUACAGGGACAACAAUGCGAAACCCUGGGUGUUGCCUGUCGUCAAGAAGGCCGAUGAGAUCCUCCGGAACGAUCCUAACCUCAACCACGAGUACCUCCCCAUCGCUGGUCUCCCAGAGUUCACUUCAGCGGCGCAGAAACUCAUCCUUGGUGGAGACAGCCCCGCGAUCCGAGAAGGACGGGCCUGCAGUCUCCAGACUAUCUCAGGAACGGGCGCCGUCCAUCUGGGCGGCCUCUUCCUCGCCAAAUUCCUCCCCAAACCCACACCCGCCAUCUACCUAUCCAACCCGACAUGGGCCAACCACAACCAAAUCUUCACCAAUGUCCACCUCCCGAUCAAGUCCUACCCCUACUUCUCCUCCAAAACAAAAAUGCUCGACUGCGAAGGUCUGCUUUCUGCCUUGAAAUCUACGCCUGAAGGAAGCAUCAUUCUACUGCACGCUUGCGCACACAACCCCACUGGUGUCGACCCAACGCCGGACCAAUGGAAGCAGAUUGCCCAAGUCAUGCGCGAGCGCAAACUAUUUCCUUUCUUCGACUGCGCGUAUCAGGGCUUCGCCUCGGGGGACCUGGCACAGGAUAACUUUUCGAUCCGCUAUUUCGUGGAGCAGGGCUUCGAGUUGAUCAUUGCUCAAUCCUUCGCGAAGAAUUUUGGUCUGUAUGGUGAAAGAGCGGGCGCAUUCCAUUUCGUGGCAGCUCCUGGGGCCAACGCACAGGACGUGGCCAAGCGUGUCUCCUCCCAACUUGCCAUACUGCAGCGCUCCGAGAUCUCCAAUCCGCCCGCAUACGGCGCACGUAUCGCCUCCCUCGUCCUGAACGACCCGCAACUCUUCAAAGAAUGGGAACACGAUCUGCGCACCAUGUCCGGGCGCAUCAUUGAGAUGCGGAAAUCUCUCAAAGCCGAGCUCGACCGGUUGGGCACUCCUGGCAACUGGGAUCACAUUACGAGUCAAAUCGGCAUGUUCAGUUUCACAGGCAUCACCGAGAAGCAGGUGUUGGCCAUCAGGGAGAAGUGGCAUGUAUACAUGACCAAGAAUGGCCGGAUCAGUAUGGCUGGGUUGAACACGGGCAACGUACACUACUUUGCACAGGCUCUAGAUGAUGUAGUGAGGCACGUGCAAUGA